AGAGUCUGAUUCAGUCAGACCAUAUUUCGCUUGUUUUUCUUGUCUUUUGACUUUUUACAAUUUCUUUUUUGCCGACGAUGUGGCGAAAAAUAUUAUUUUUCCUCUGCUACGUCGCGUGUCAGGUGGCAUCUUCCCACCAAAUUAAAGUGACGUGUGAAAAAUUAGAUGAUUUGUCCCCCGAAGGCAUCAUAGCAAGUCCAUCCAAGGUGGCAGGGUUAAAUGUUGUGCAGGUGACAAAGGGAAGAGAAAUCCAGUUGAACAUAAGCUGGGCAAUCAAUGUUGAUGCUAGUAAUCGUUACCUGACAGGUACUUGCCUUAAAAUUUCAGGGGAACCGCUCUACCUCUGUGAAUACUACCCAUCUUUUUCCAAAGCAGAUCUCACUGGAUCAGAGCAGGUAUGGUUUCAUUUUUUAAUAAAUGCAAGAGAGGGCUUCUAUGAAAUCGAGGUUUUCAAUCUCCCUUUGCCUCCAAUUGAGGGCGAACAUGAACCCAUGUAUACAAACAUUGAAAUCAUUCCUCCACCAGAAUCAGAUUUGACAACAACAUCUCAACAAAUAGAAGUUGAAGACAAUAUUGAGUUCAGUGUUCAAGAUGUUACCUCCACUGAUUCUCCUCCUCCUCCUGCUCCUCCUCCAGAACACAGACUUAAAGCUGUCUCUGUAUUCCUUGUUGGAUUGCUGAUCGCUUUGACAACCCUGAGUUUCUGCUGCAUAAUCUAUAAAUAUUGCAUAUCUGCCUCACUUUUGAGAGUCAAAAGCCUCCCUGCAGUUCCAGUUUCUGUACUUGUGGUGUACCCUGCUGAGAAUUCAGUCUUCCAGCGUGCCGUGGUUGCACUGGCAGAGUUUCUACAGCUGCACGGCGGCUGCAGUGUCACAAUCGACAUGUGGCAGCAGGGAAAAAUUGCCGAGCUGGGACCGCUGCGCUGGUUAACAGAGCAGGCGAAGGCUGCAGACCGCGUGCUGAUCAUCUCGCCUCAAGGGGAGACUCUCAGCCAGUCUUCUCCCAACCACAACCUUCCAGAGCAUUCCAUCCCAGCUGCAGCUCAUGACCUUUACCCUCUGAUCCUCAACAUGGUUGCAAGCCAUGCAAAGAGCGCCAGUGAGCUGGCCAAGUUCUGGGUGGUGCACCUGCACAAGAAGUCUUGUGUGUUUCUGCCAGAACUGAAAGCAUGCAGGUCUUUCUGUCUGAUGAAAGAUUUGAACACUUUUUGUGAGAGCCUUCAUGCCCAAAAGAAUGUUGGGAAGAAGAUAUCAUCUCUGUUGUUCAAACCAGGAGUUUCCCACAGUAAAAACAGUACGACAAAGUUAAGGGAAACUAUAGAAAUGUUAGGGGGAUGUAAGUCAAACUUAUCUAAUGAGGUCCUCAUUAACGAUAUGUGGUCUGUGUAGUUUUAGUUUAUUUUUAAUAAAAAAAAGUGUAAUAUGCA